AUGACUUCCUCACUUGCAGAUAAGAUCUUAUGUAAAGAUAAGCACAUGCAGGUAGCAGAAGUGUUGGGCAUUGCCGACGCCGUGGCAACAUGUUUCCAGAACACGACUUACUAUCCAUCUGCACAACAAGCGGCCACGAGGGCUCUCAUCCUCCUUGACUAUGCACAGACACGGUUCAUCCAUCGAAGCGACGGCGACCCCACAUUUGAAGAUGGUGACAACGGAUACCGCGUCGUUUUUUUCAGACAUCUUGACUGGGUCCACCAGUAUGGCACUCUCGACAACCCUCUCGCAUGCCUGUCCCCCUUGACGACCUACCUCCAACUCAUCCUCCGCUCGACACCCAUGGAACAGUGGACUGCCCCUUCUCCCCUCUCGCCGCUCGGCUUGGCCUGUCACUGGGCACGCGAAAGCCCCAAACUCAGCUCUCGGACCCUCGAUGUCGUCUUACUCGUCACUAUCGGGCGCUAUGUCGGUCGCGUGGUCGUUGAUUCCAAGCAACGGACCGUGAGGAAAGCACAGGAUGCUGCUCGUGCCCGGGCCCGCAGUGUCAGCUACACACUCUUCUGGGCCGCAGUCCAGAUUGCCCGCCAGCAUUUGCUGCCCGAGACAACAACAACAGAACAGCAGUCACCCGCCGCGGACACAAUCCUGCACACGGCGAAACUAUUGUGGGCGGCCGGUGAGGAGUAUGGCCGGCUGCUUAGUCAGCCAGACCUCGAUGAGGCAUAUGUUGGAGACAUCAUGCGUAUAUGGACCACCGCUAUCGUUGCAAAGGCGGCGCCCCUUGUCCCACCGAACCUCUUGAAGGCUAUUCCCGGCCUUUCCGAGGACUUGCACGAUCUCGGAGAUGAUGAUUCAUCUUGGACGAGCAGUCGCGUCACCGCGAGGGUAAGAUUGUACUAA